GGCGAGCGAGGUAAGCGAUUGAAUAUUUGUGUUACAUAUAAUUAUACCCAUUCAGUUUUUGAACGUGUCCUCCUUUGUUAAUUACACCUCGAUUACCACUGCUCAUGUAUUAUUGUUCCUCAAGCCAAAAAGCAAUAAUAAAAAAUAUGAAACGUAACUGAACUUGAACUGCCCAGAAACUCGGAACGAUAGUGUAACAAUCGCGUCCAUUAUCCAAUAGGAAAAAAAAAGAAAAAAGGAGGUAAAACCCAAACUUUAUACUAUUGAGUUGAGAAUACACGCUCGUUGGGUUUUUGUAUCCCUCGACUUUCUACUUUGCUUUCUCUCUCCUGCCACCUCUCCCCUUUCACCCUCUCAGCCCAAAGGAAUGGAUGUUUCUUUUCUUUUUCCCCCACACCAAAAGUCGCCCGUCCAGCAAUUUCAAAUGAUUUGCACAAAUCAAAAAACGUUCCAUGACUGCUGUUGCUAGGAGGGGGUAUUUACUGCAUUUACAAGGACAAAACAUCGCCCCCAAUUCAAGGACCCAUACCCCCAAAACACCGCGUGAAGAGCAAGGUAAAGAAAGAAGGGAAAAGAAAGAAAAGAAAACCAGGUUGAGUGGAACUGAACUCUAAAACGAUAGCUCCUUGAUGCAAAUGUUUUUGUCUUCUCCCCAAUGUCCAAAAUGACAACAACGGGCUCCAGUAACCAAGAAAAACCACACAAAACAGUGAGAAUAACCA